AUGAUCUUCAAGAUCGAAGACGUAACUGUCUACUUCCCUUAUGAGAAUAUAUAUCCAGAACAAUACGAAUACAUGGUUGAAUUGAAACGAGCCCUAGACGCUAAGGGACAUUGUCUUCUCGAGAUGCCUACCGGAACUGGUAAAACCAUUGCCCUUCUCUCUCUAAUCACCAGUUACCGACUCUCUCGUCCUGAUUCUCCGAUCAAGCUUGUCUACUGCACUCGUACUGUUCACGAGAUGGAGAAAACGUUAGCUGAGCUUAAGGUGCUUCAUGACUACCAAGUAAGCCAACUCGGUGCCCAGGCCAAGAUCCUAGCGAUUGGUCUUUCUUCCCGGAAGAAUCUUUGCGUUAAUCCUAAGGUUUUAGCGGCGGAGAAUCGUGAUUCUGUCGAUGCGGCUUGUAGGAAAAGGACGGCUAGUUGGGUUAGAACUUUGGCGGCCGAGAAUAAAAAUGUAGAACUCUGUGACUACUUUGAGAACCAUGAUAAGGCAGCUGAGAAUGCCUUAUUGCCUCCUGGUGUUUAUACUUUAGAGGAUUUGAGAAUGUUUGGUAAGAAUCGAGGAUGGUGUCCUUACUUCCUUGCGAGACAUAUGGUUCAGUUCGCCAAUGUUAUCGUUUAUAGCUACCAGUACUUGCUGGAUCCUAAGGUUGCUGGAAUUAUAUCAAAGGAGUUGCAAAAAGAGUCAGUUGUAGUGUUUGACGAGGCGCAUAAUAUAGAUAAUGUGUGUAUUGAAGCACUCAGCGUCAGUGUGAGGAGGGUUACACUUGAAGGUGCUAAUCGAAAUCUUAAUAAGAUAAGGCAAGAAAUUGAUAGGUUCAAGGCUACAGAUGCGGGAAGACUGCGAGCUGAAUACAACCGGCUCGUUGAAGGUUUGGCACUGAGAGGGGACUUAUCUGGAACUGAUCAAUGGCUUGCAAACCCUGCACUGCCCCAUGAUAUUCUAAAGGAGGCUGUCCCAGGAAAUAUUAGACGGGCUGAGCAUUUUGUACAUGUUUUACGCCGAUUACUUCAGUACUUGGGAGGACGGCUGGAUACUGAGAACGUGGAGAAAGAAAGCCCUGUUAACUUUGUAUCGUCGCUUAAUUCUCAGGCUGGAAUUGAGCAGAAAACUCUGAAGUUCUGUUAUGACCGGCUCCACUCUCUCAUGCUAACCCUUGAAAUUACAGAUACAGAUGAGUUUUUGCCUAUCCAGACAGUGUGCGACUUUGCAACUCUUGUUGGGACAUAUGCAAGGGGCUUUUCCAUCAUCAUUGAGCCUUACGACGAGAGAAUGCCUCAUAUUCCAGAUCCUAUAUUGCAGUUGAGCUGUCAUGAUGCAUCUCUGGCUAUUAAACCGGUGUUUGAUCGAUUCCAAUCAGUUGUGAUUACCUCAGGCACCCUGAGCCCAAUUGAUCUGUAUCCCCGUCUACUUAGUUUCAAUCCUGUUGUUAGUCGAAGCUUUAAGAUGUCAAUGACACGAGACUGCAUCUGCCCUAUGGUUUUAACUCGCGGAAGUGACCAGCUUCCUGUUAGCACCAAAUUUGACAUGAGAAGUGAUCCUGGUGUUGUGAGGAAUUAUGGGAAGUUUUUGGUGGAGAUGGUAUCUAUUGUUCCUGAUGGAGUUGUCUGCUUCUUUGUUAGUUACUCAUACAUGGAUGGCAUUAUUGCUACAUGGAGUGAAACUGGAAUUCUGAAGGAAAUAAUGCAACAGAAACUUGUCUUCAUUGAAACGCAAGAUGUUGUAGAAACAACAUUGGCACUGGACAAUUAUCGCAGGGCUUGCGAUCGCGGACGAGGUGCAGUUUUCUUCUCUGUAGCAAGGGGAAAAGUUGCUGAAGGUAUCGAUUUUGAUCGUCAUUAUGGAAGACUGGUUGUAAUGUUUGGAGUACCUUUCCAAUACACAUUAAGCAAGAUAUUACUAGCAAGAUUGGAGUAUUUGCGUGAUACAUUUCAAAUAAAAGAAGGCGAUUUCCUAACUUUUGAUGCCUUGAGGCAGGCAGCUCAAUGUGUAGGACGAGUAAUCCGGUCAAAGGCUGAUUAUGGGAUGAUGAUAUUUGCAGACAAGAGAUAUAGCCGCCAUGAUAAGCGGUCCAAAUUACCCGGUUGGAUACUUUCACAUCUGCGUGAUGCGCACUUGAAUCUUAGCACUGACAUGGCUAUCCACAUUGCCCGAGAGUUUCUAAGGAAAAUGGCUCAACCGUACGAUAAGGCGGGUACGAUGGGCAAGAAAACUCUGUUAACACAAGAAGAUUUGGAGAAGAUGGCUGAGACUGGUGUGCAAGACAUGGUUUAUUAG